AUGGCGCACCUCUACAGGACAACACUGCGUCGUCUGAGCCUGGGUCUCGAGGGCAAUUGCACCCAGCAACUCUCCGAGCGAGCUUUUACUGUACCAUUGGCAAUUCGCGCCUUCAGCAAUACCUCUUCCGGCCGGACCGACGGCGUCUUCCGCGAGCUCACGGCACAACGAUUACAGACACCAUGGAUCGAAGCAUUGCGAGAACAACAAGCGAAAGGCAAGAGCAGCGCCGAGGCUUCUGCCACGGCUCAGUCACCCAAGGAACGUGAACUGGAACCGAAGCGUAUGAACGACAGCCAUCACAAAGUUGUUCUUCCGCUUGCAAGAGACCCAUGGCUGCUCGAUACGUACCUCAACUCUUCGGGGCAUAUACGCCUGGGAACGAUAUUCAUGGACCUCGAUGCGCUUUCCGGGGUCAUCGCGUACAAGCAUACAGGCGACGAUGUAACCACCGUGACCGCGAGCUGCGAUCGCAUCGUGAUCAACCAUCCGUUAACCGAGAUCUGCGAUCUGGAACUGUCUGGGAAGGUCACCUAUGCAACUGGUAGGAGCAGUAUGGAGAUCACCAUGCAAGUAGCAAAGGCGCCGCAAGACGGCCAACCCAUCAAGAACGAAGACACCCUUAUUCACUGCACAAUGACCAUGGUGGCUCUAGACCCUUCUACAAAGAAGCCGGUCAAUGUAAACCCACUCGUAAUCUCCACCCCCGAAGAAAAGCGCCUCUAUGCGCUCGGCGAACGCAACUCCAAGGUCCGCAAGCAGCGCAAAGAGAUCGCCUUGACGAAACAUAGUCCCAACGACCUCGAAUCCGACCUCAUACACGCCUUCUGGCAGAAACAGCUUCAAUAG